ACCCAAUUGCAAACCGGCACUCCAAUUAACGAAGGAAAAAAGGUCAAAGAAGAAAUCAUCAAUCAACCCCUAAUCAAAUUCGAUCGGCAACUGAGAAAGAUGCAGGUCUUCGUGAAAACGCUCACCGGGAAGACGAUUACUCUGGAGGUGGAGAGCAGCGACACCGUGGACAACGUCAAGUCCAAGAUUCAGGACAAGGAGGGGAUUCCGGCCGACCAGCAGCGCCUGAUUUUCGCCGGGAAGCAGCUGGAAGAAGGUAGAACGCUGGGCGAUUACAAUAUUCAGAAGGAAUCGACGCUUCACCUGGUUCUGAGGCUCAGGGGAGGGACGAUGAUCAAGGUGAAGACGCUGACGGGGAAGGAGAUUGGUGUCGACGUGGACUUGGAGGAUACGGUUGCAGGGAUAAAGGUGAAAGUGGAGGAGGUGGAAGGAAUCCCGCCGAACCAGCAGCGGCUGAUCUUCAAAGGGAAACAGAUGGCGGAUGACAAGACGGGGAAGGAGUACCAAAUUGAAGCCGGCGACGUUCUUCAUCUCGUUCUUGCACUCAGGGGCGGCGCCGCCGGCGGAAGGAGUACUGCUGGGUUGUGUUAGUUGGGCUUGGGCCAUGGUGGCAGAUCAGGGCUUGCUUUCUGUUAUUUGCAUAUGGGUUUAUUCAAUCCUUUUUUUUUUUCCUUUGCCCGUGGGAACUCUGUUAUUUUGGCCCAUGAUGAUAAUAACUGAUUUAUGGAUACGUUUUAUGAUUUUUUUUCUUUACAUAAGGGAAUGAUGUUUUAUUAUGAUUUUCCUAAACUUGUAAUGGGUUUAAUUUUGUCAUCAAAGUUUUGUCGACUGUAGAAGGGAGUAAGAGAGUGAUGAUUUUCAGAUUCCGAUUCUUAAACAUAUAUGACAUUUUGGAUGGAGGGUUGUUUGCAGUAAGUAAAUUUUUUGGAUGUUUGGAAUUGCGAUUUUGGUUGUUCUUAAAAUUUGAGAUAUUUUCUUUUAAUUAAAUCUCCAAGCGAUGUGACUAUAGUCUAUACUAGUAUACGAUGACUUGAGUUUUUUUUAUCGAUUAAUCACUAAGUAAAGUCAGCUAAAAGAAAUGAAUUACUGAAAAAUUAUCGAUUAACCACUAUCACGGUUAUCGAUUAUAACUACCGGCCUAACAAAGAUAAUCAUAUAUUGUUAUAGAAAAGAUAGAUCAUUACAUUAUGUGCCUCAACCAGGCCACAAAAUCAAACGAACGACACACUAUCGGGUACAAAGAAAGGGCAUUGUGAGCCACCAAAUGGGCUAUAUUACUACGCCGACCAACGAAUCGAACACUAAACCCAACAUGUGCCUCCAAAUGCCGCAUAACCUCCUGGAAGAUGGCACCAGCUCUGCUAUGAUUCCCUUGAGCAUACUGAUUUUAUUACAAAAUCUUUGAAACUUAAAAUCUCAUAAAAUCCCGAUUUUGAUUAUAAAAUCUUACGAUUUUACGAUCUUACCUUUGAGUCUCGAUACUGAUUUUAUUACAAAUUCUUUGAAACUUAAAAUCUCAUAAAAUUCCGAUUUAAAACUCCAAAGUCCUUAAAAUCUACGAUUUCUACGAUUUCAAUGUUCGUGUCUAUUGAAGCAAAAUUAGGUCAGCCAAGUCAGGUUUUGCCCAUGAAUCGGGUCAAGUUUACUUCCCCCGACCCAACAUAAUGAACAACACAACCCUAACAUGAUAGGCGACCCUCACUUUAUUUUUCGUUCUCUUCCUCGUAUCAUCCUCUUCCGCACUCCGACGUCCAACUCCUUUCAUCAAUGAUUUCUUUCACCCUCCCAAUUAGCUCGCAGUUUAUUCGCACCACCCUCACAACUAUCCCAAUCUCCAUUCCGUUGCAAGCUUUCGUUCAUCUACGAAUCCUACAGCACCACUAUCCCCGACCUUUUGGCGAUUAAGAAGGGAAUGCAUCAAUAAAUGAGUUACCUUUUCUAGAUGAUGGUGCUCAAGAAAAUAUGGCUAAUAGUGAAAGUACUUCAAGUGAUUAGACAAGGAUUCUACGAGGAUGAGAGUGAGAGUGAGGAUGAUGAUGUGUGAGGUUUGUUAAUGUUGAUUCUAACGAUCUUAUGUGAAUUAUAAUCUUAACUGUUAACUGAAUUAAGUGAAUUUUAUAAGGUUUUAGGAUAAAUAUAUGGAUUUAGUUGUGUUUAUUUAGCAAACAAACUUAUCUUGGAAAGUAAUUAGGUUAUAUGUGGUUGACUGCUAUUUAGGAUAUGCAUUGUUAUUACUAUUUUAAGUGUUUAUUUUACUAUGAACCUUAAAAUCUUACGAUUUUAAUCUACGAUUCCGAUUUUAUCUCAGUUUUUUAUUUUAGGUAAAAUCACGAUUUUGACUACAUUGGGUACAUGUACUACCUAAAGCUGUAUAUGGGCCGGUUAGAUUGGUUUUGACCAUUUUAAUCAUCCACUCAAUGAGUUACGAAUUGAAUUAUAGCAAAACUCAAAUUCAUUAUUUAAUUUGAAGACUCUUUGGGUUUCUUGAGUCACAAUUUGAGUCGGUUUGAUGAAAUUCCAAUUCAUCAUACGAGAAUACAAUUUAUAAUUUUAAUAAGAUAACAUGAAUAAC